AUUUUCUGUUCCACGGACAUCGAACAGAAAGUCUACGACAUCAAAAUUAUCAGAGAAUUCAUAUUCAAAAAGAACGCAGUCGACAAACAGAGGGUCGAACACUUACAACACUUGAGGAGUAUCUAUGACAUUCUAUCACGAAAGAAAAGUCCAGAGACAUUCAAAUUGCUCACAGAAAAAGUCAAUGAGUUUGAUUUGGAACAAGACAUUGGAUGGCGUUGUGCCAAUACACAGGAAGAGAAUUUUACACAACAACUUCUUGAUGGUCUUAAAAAGUCGAUUAAAGCGAAAAUAGAGACUUAUGUGCCAUCGGUAAAGACUUUUACAGAAGAGUGCGUCAAUUUCCACCACUCAUGUGACGUUCUGUUACAGUCGCUGAACCUCUUCUUCUUGUUUCCCGAGACAAUCAAAAAUGUCAAACAAUCUCUUGAAAUCUACUGGAGAAAUUUGAAUUAUUUGCUGAUGGAAAUACAGCUGUUUGAUUAUAUGAGCCCUUCUAUAUCAAAGAUCCUUUGUAAGAAGUGUGAGUCACUGAGUACGUUCAUCAAAGAGUUGUUUGCGUCCUUAGACGGUGAAGACGUUGAGGUUCAAGUAAGGAAAAAGCUUCAAACUGUUUAUUGUGCGCUGACUGAAAUUGCUGGAAUUUCGUUUGUGCAGAAGGAUCAGACGGACCAAGUCAUUAAAAUACUCUCAAAAGCGAUUUCACGGAAAAACAGAGAAAUUAAAUACGAUGCGGACACCUUUGCGUUUCUGUUACAGACCGCGGAGAAGAUUUCAUUGUGUGGGAAGGAACCAUUUAAUAUUAUAUCAGAAAGCAUCUCGAAAAACCCAUUAAACAACGACACUAUUUCCACACAACGAGCAUUUGCACAGAUUUAUAUUGUACGAAAUAUAUGGCAAGCACAAAACGCCAAUUUGACAAAGAAAGGGUGUGAAAUAUUAAAGAAAGUGAUCAAUAUCCACACAGUUAAGAACUUGGAGGAACUUGCGAUGACACACGACCAACUCCUUGUGGAGGAGAAAGAAGUUUUAAUGCACUUUGGGUCGAAUUCAUUUGAGUUUGUUGGGUACAACGAAGUGUAUGCACAUUUGGAAGAGGAGACGCAGAGUUUCAAAGCAUUUUUGAGUGACCUGAAGACACGAAAGAAGGACGAUUGGAAGAAUGACGCGUUACAGAAGUUCCACAGCAUCCACAUUUGUGUGUUUAAAGAAUACUACAUCCAGCUUAUUAAAAUGCUCAUCAUGUCAAUGGCACUCAUCAGAGCAUUUGUUGAUAAGAAACAAACAGAAGGACAAUUGUGUGUGAUACUCAAACAACUUGAAUUGGCAUAUCCCGUUGUGGGUUUAUU